GUAGAGGCGACAGGGGUGCCAGGGAGCUGAGCGUACUAGAUUGGUUUGAGUCCCACAAGGUCACAGGACUGGCAUUCAGCUAAGCAGGCAUGUAAAUAUAGCUUCAUGAAAGGCAUGCCAUGGAUUAUGUCUUAGGACUCUCAGAUUUCGUCUUCACCCUGAAGCGAUUGUGAUGUAUGGAGAGCUGGUAACCGGGUGGCCAGAUUUCAGGUGUUAAGAUAGUGCAUAUUCAGAACUCACUCAAGUCUGGGUUCGUCGUCACUUCACGUCUCUUGAGAUCUCUCUCGCUUGUUUCUUUCGAUUUGGAUUAUCUCUGAAGAUCUGAGGAAAGUUUGAUGGGUGAUAUGUUGUAAGUGACAGAUAACUUUAUAAUACAGGAUCCAUCGUGUUUGAGACAGCAUCAUGGAUGCAUUAGCUUUAGAGGCGAAAAGUGCUAAGAGUGAAAGCACACCUGCUCCUGCACCUGCGCCCCACAAACCUAGACCAAAACCUCCUAAAAAACCUAAACGUAUCGUUUACUUUGAGGUGGAGAUACUGGAUGCCAAGACCAGGGAGAAACUAUUGCUACUGGAUAAGGUCGAGCCAACGGCAACUAUUUUGGACAUUAAGUCAAUGUUCCACAAAUCAAAUCCACAUUGGUACGCUGCCAGACAGUCUUUAUGCCUGGAUCCAAAAGGAAAACCUUUACGAGAUGAAGAAAUCUUACAGGACCUUCCUGUGGGAACCACUGCAACCCUUUACUUCAGAGACUUGGGAGCCCAGAUUUCCUGGGGAACUGUGUUUCUAAUCGAGUACAUCGGACCACUUGUCAUAUACCUGCUAUUUUACUUCAGACUUCCUCUUAUCUACGCUCCCAAGUAUGAAUUCACCACCAGUAAGCAUUGGGUUGUGCAUAUAGCCUGUGUGUGUCACUCCUUCCAUUAUGUGAAGCGAAUCUUGGAAACGCUGUUUAUCCAUCGCUUCUCUCAUGGUACCAUGCCGCUGCGCCACAUUUUCAAAAAUUGUUCAUGUUACUGGUGCUUUGCAGCAUGGAUGGCUUAUUACAUCAAUCACCCUCUCUACACACCUCCACUCUGUUUACAUGCAGAUUAUGGAGAAAGGCAGGUGAAGACAGCACUUGUAAUCUUUCUACUCUGUCAAAUCGGCACCUUCUCAAUUCACGUGGCUCUGCGAAAUCUCAGGCCAUCUGGAUCUAAGGUGAAGAAGAUUCCCUAUCCAAACAAGAAUCCAUUUACCUGGAUAUUUGCACUCGUCUCAUGUCCAAACUACACAUAUGAGCUGGGAAUUUGGCUUGGAUUUACAUUGAUGACCCAGUGUGUUCCUGUGUUGUUCUUCACUGUGGUGGGAUUCAUACAGAUGACAGUUUGGGCCAAAGGGAAACAUCGCAGCUACCUGAAGGAGUUUAAAGAGUAUCCAUCACUGCGCUCCCCAAUCUUACCCUUCAUCCCAUAACAGAAACCCCCAAAAUCUCAGUCAUCGAGAAGCAUUCUUUCUUGAACCCGGUCAUUUUUAUAGUAACAGUCAUUUUACGUGAUAACAUACUAUAUAAAGCGCUCAAGACAGAUAUACCUGAGGUCUAUAGAAGAAACAAGUGAUUUCAAAUUCAGGUUAAAUAGCCAAAUUAAUUAAAAAUUACCAGAACAGAUAUUUGGAGAAGACAUUAUUACUAUAAAAACUGAAUUUCAAAGUAAACUUUUUCUAUUGUUUGAAUAGACAAAUCAGUUUUGAAUUUAAUCACAUAUGGAGAAAUGAAUAGAAACCAUGGUUGCCAGAUCUGUGACAAAACCAGCCCACUGACCAAUCAAAACUGAAUUUCAAAGUAAUCUAUAUCUAUUAUUUAAAUAGACAAAUCCUUUUUGGAUUCAAUUACAUAUUGAGAAAAUGAAAAGAAACCAGGGUUGCCAGAUAAGUAUAAAAGAAAACAGCCUAAUGACAAACCAAAACUCAGUUUCAAAGUAUUUUUUUCUAUUAUUUGAAUAGACAAAUCAUUUUUAAAUGUAAUCACAUAUUUAGAAAGUGAAUAGAGACCUUGGUUGCCAGAUCUGUGUAACAAAACCAGCCCAAUGACCAAUCAAAACUGAAUUUCGAAGUAAACUUUUUCUAUUGUUAAAAUAGACAAAUCCUUUUUAAAUUUAAUCACAUAUUUAGAAAGUGAAUAGAAACCUUGGUUGCCAGAUCUGUGUAACAAAACCAGCCCAAUGACCAAUCAAAUCUGAAUUUUAAAUUAAACUUUUUCUAUUAUUUAAAUAGACAAAUCUUUUUUAAAUUUAAUCACAUAUUUAGAAAGUGAAUAGAAACCUUGGUUGCCAGAUCUGUGCAACAAAACCAGCCCAAUGACCUAUGACAACUGAAUUUCAAAGUAAACUUUUUCUACUGUUUGAACAGACAAAUCCUUAAUGAAUUUAAUCACAUAUUGAGAAAGUAAACAGAUACCAGGGUUGCCAGAUCUGUGCAACAAAACCAGCCCACUGACCAAUCAAAACUGAAUUUCAAAGUAAACUUUUUCUAUUGUUUAAAUAUACAAAUCCUUUUUAAAUUUAAACACAUAUUUAGAAAGUGAACAGAUACCAGGGUUGCCAGAUCAGUGUAACAAAACCAGCCCAAAGACCAAUCAAAACUGAAUUUCAAAGCAAUAUUUUUCUAUUAUUUGAAUAGACAAAUAAUUUUUAAAUGUAAUCACAUAUUUAGAAAGUGAAUAGAAACCUUGGUUGCCAGAUCUGUGUAACAAAACCAGCCCAAUGACCAAUCAAAACUGAAUUUCAAAGUAAACUUUUCUAUUAUUUAAAUAGACAAAUCCUUUUUAAAUUGAAUCACAUAUUGAGAAAGUAAACAGAUACCAGGGUUGCCAGAUAUGUGCAACAAAACCAGCCCACUGACCAAUCAAAACUGAAUUUCAAAGUAAACUUUUUCUAUUGUUUAAAUAUACAAAUCCUUUUUAAAUUUAAUCACAUAUUUAGAAAGUGAACAGAUACCAGGGUUGCCAGAUCAGUUUAACAAAACCAGCCCAAAGACCAAUCAAACCUGAAUUUUAAAUUAAACUUUUUCUAUUAUUUAAAUAGACAAAUCCUUUUUACAUUUAAUCACAUAUUGAGAAAGUGAAUAGAAAUCAUGGCUGCCAGAUCUGUGUAACAAAGCCAGCCCAAUCAAAACUGAAUUUCAAAGUAAACUAUUCUAUUAUUUAAACAGACAAAUCCUUUUUAAAUGUAAUCACAUAUUGAGAAAAUAAAUAGAAACCAGGGUUGCCAGAUCAGUGUAACAAGCCAGACCAAUGACCAAUCAAAACUUCCCCACAACUAUCCCAAUGCACAUAUUGCCCAAAACUCAAAAUAUUCCACUCCCAUUUUUAAAAUACGUAUUUUACAGUCCAUGUUAUGCAUUACAGUUUCCUUUUGAAAAUCACUGCAUAGUAGUAAUCAUAAACACAGUCUGAUUUCAUAAAUAAAGUCAUCAUAUCUUAACAAUGACAACUGAUGAAUAAAAUCCCUCCCUCCAUUAAACUGGAAAAAAUAAUCCACGGCAAGCUUAAAAGCCCAAUUUUGCUGGAAAAAUCCUGGCUUGGCAACCCUAAUGCGGUUUUAUUAUAACAACUGAAAUCAAAACUUGCUUAUAAAUUAAAGAUUACAUGAAUGUGGAGUAAAGAACAUAACAUUUAAGCUUUUCAAGUUUGUUUAAUAUAUAACUAUAAAACACAACUUGUUCAGAAAGCUGUGAAAUUGCCCUUACAUAACAUUCUAGUAUGUUUUUUAGUUUAUACACACAUGUCUUAAAGAAUAGUUCAAGCAAAAAUGAGUAUUUUGUCAUCAUUUACUCACCCUGAAAUCAGAUCUGGGACACUCGUUGUCUUCCAUACAAGGGAAAACAAUACUAUGAAAAU